CCCAAAUCUACUUUACCAUGUACAGUCGUUCGGGGCAGAGCCGCAUUGAUGCCCGCACUGCUGACCCUCGCGGCCAUCUGUGUGCCCCCAACUCCUAACUCGUGAAUCGAAACCGGAGCCUUAAGGAUGUCUGUCCGACAGGCAGUCUGCGAAUCAUACAGGGACCAGGUGUUUUCGACGUCUAGUCAUAACGAACCGGCCGAGAUGUUUGAGUUUCACAUUGGGUGACAUUCCAGCACUAGAGGCUGGAGUGUGAGUAUGGGGGUGUGUAAUUAAUCCAAUGGUGGUCGGCGGGGGGGAAAGUGCUGUUAGGAGAUUAUCCCUCAAGAUAGGUAUGCACGCAGCCUUGUCUUCCGAUACAUAAGAGCCCGGCCUACCCUUAGAUAGGUCUGUGGGAACGACUCGAGUUUCCCAACGAAUCUCGAUAGAAUCCUAUUUUUUUGUUGAACUUACGUCCUCAUGUCGGUCGAUUUAAUUAUCUGAAAAUCCGCCCGCCAUGUCGAUUCAAAAACUACCGUACGAGAUCGUGGUGUAUGUCCUGGGACACUUAAGUUUAUAUGAUGUCUUCAACCUCAGUUCCACGUGCCAGCACUUUCGCUUUUUGGCCCUUGAAGACAGGAUUUGUAAAGCGGUACUCGAGGCCACUUCGCCUUCAGCUUCCGAGGUGCAGCUGAAAUCGGACGACGGGAAGUUUGCCAGGGCACUGCGGCGACUGGUCAAGCGAAGGGAAGCAAUAUCUUCGGCGUCCCCAUUUCUCGCCGCCAUCGUGGCGACUACGGAAACCUGGAUAUAUGAGCAUGGUGUGCUAUGCCACAUGCGUGGCACUGAGCUGCGCAUUUUGGACAUCCACAAUUCCGAAGAUCAGGAGACUGUCGUUAAUAUCCCAAAACUCCUCGACGCCGCUAUCGGGGUGGCUCGGCCGCACACGGAAUACAAGUUUCGCCUGCUGUAUUAUUCCUGCAACGUGGUGUCUUGUCUUUACACCCAUGGAAGCCCCGAUCGAGCGCGCUGGCUUAUUGCUUUUGACCUCCUCAAAUACCGAAUCCUUACUGCGCAUCGAGUGGAAUCGAAGCACAAGAUAUUCGUCCGAAACAACGACAAGUAUCUCUACUAUGGGACCUUCUCGGAGCUCGGAGCUGAUGGCUUCAGGCGAUGGGCCCUCCGUGGAUUUGAUAUCGAGCGAGAGAAGUGGUUCGAGGAUAAACUUCAUCUCCCAGACAUAAUGGGGUCAGACCUUGACUCGACAGUCUGUUUUGAGAUCCUCGACGGCUACUUUUAUGGGAUUUCAAACCAAACUAGCUUUGAAGUUGACGAGAUCGACUGGACUUCGUAUUACUGUUGCUUCCGAUUUCCGAUCGAUCAGCCCAGUCUCCAACACUUGGAAUUGGCCCCGAAGCCACAAAUGUGGAGACGACAGCAUGCCGAAGGCCCGAUUGACGAUAGGUGGACAUUUAUGAAACUCUUCAAGGAUGAGAGCUCGGGCGAUCUCAAGAUAAUAGAGUCGCGAAAGGAGUGGCUGUCCGGCCACAGUUCUGCGACAAGAACAUAUUACACCAAGAAGCUGCUCUUUGGCAGCGGAGGAGAAGACGAGAACGGUGAACGAGGCAGCGGGCAAUGCCUAAGUACUGGAAGUCUCUAUCCGGUGAACGAUCAACUAGCCAGAUUUCUCGACAGAGAGAGCCACCCAAAUUACAUGGCCGCUCCCAAACGGAAAGCCGAGGAAGUGCACCUAGGUGAUGACGGCUCCAAGACAGUCUUGUUCACGCUCAGCAGGUGCUUCAUCCGCUCCUAUCACCCGUUUCCGCAGGCAUUUGUCGACUUGGUCAAUGACCCCCACGCCUCUGAACCUAACACCCAGCGAAUCCGAGUCCGCGCAGGGUCACGGCGCCUUCGGAUUGAGGGGGAGAGGCAAGGGCGCCUAAGGGCCUCUAUGCAGCGGUAUGGCGAUUCCUAUACGUUAAGGCAGGAGAUCGAGGACCUGUAUGAACACAUGGAAGUCGAGUACUGGCCCAAAGACUGUCCAGAACAUGACGAUCUCCACUGGGUAUUGAACCCACCAGGCUACGCUGGCAAUGUACACGGAGAAUGGGAUGAAAGGUCUUUGAUUUACGCCACAGGCGGCACAUUGGAAGGAGGACUGAAGGCACUCGUCCUCAUCAGUUUUGAUCCAGGGAUUUAUCUCAAGGGCGUGGGGCCGUUUGGUGGCCACUCCGCGGGGCCGAGUGGCCGCAGGACCCCAGGCACUGCUAUUAUUGGACGCCCUGAGGAGCAGGUUUCGGGCAUGGGAGAAGAGAGGAAGGGAGAGAGCAUGACCGCAAACUCCCGGCUUUCAACAAUGCCACUCUCGACACAUGUUUCCGAGGGGCCCAUACACACAGCUCACAAUGGCACGUGGGCUACAAAAAAACCAGCCUUAUAUCAAAGCAUCGGUAGGGGUUAUCACUUUGCCAAAUGAAGCCGAGUUUUACUUCAUCAAUCCGUGGGGGGAAGUUGGGCGAUAUCAAGGUGAACCCCCACCAGGUUAACAAGCUAUUCGAGGGAGAUAAGAAAGGAAACAGCAUACACAACAAGGAGUAAUAAAAUUUCAGAUAGAUAGUUUAUAGAAAUACAGCUGCA